AUGAUGAACCUCCAAUAUGCAUUCCUUUUCGUGAUGGCAUUCUUGCCCUCCGUACUGGCCAAAUCCGGUGGUGGAGUUCCCGCCCCAACGACAAGCGGAGGAACGGCUCCAACUCCGGUAAACUCGGGAGUAGCUGGUGACCCACACAUCAAGUCAUGGGCGGGAGAAUGGUUUGAUUAUCAUGGUGCAUGUGAUUUGAAGCUCAUUCAUGUCCCCAGAUUCCAGGGCAAGGCUGACUUGGAUAUUCAUGUCCGUGCUACACAGAGAUACGAAUACAGCUUCAUUGAAACUGCGGCUGUCCGUCUUGGCAACGAUACCUUGGAGGUCUCUGCCUGGGGUGAAUACGCCUUUAAUGGAGUGGACGGGGCAUUGAUCAAUACCGGUACAGAAGCAGAAGAAACCAAUCUCAGGGGAAAGAACCCUGUCAUUAUUUCUACCAUUGGAGGAUACCCCAUCAUCCACACCCCGCGCCCUGCGGGCAAGAACACACACCGCUUCGACAUCAUUCUCUCGGAUGACUCCAAGAUUGCCAUGAGCAUUCUCAAGGAUAUUGUCAGUGUCAAGGUCCGGAAUGCCACUCUGGAGGACUUUGGUAAAGUCGUUGGUCUCUUGGGUGAUUUCCAUGGCAGCAUGCUGGCUCGUGAUGGAGUCACUGAUUUGAGUGAACACAUGAAUGCCAUGGGACAAGAGUGGCAGGUCCGUGAUGACGAGCCCAUGCUCUUCCAGGCUGCCAGGGCUCCCCAGUACCCAGCCAAGUGCAUCCUUCCUGAUCUGACAAAGGCGAAGGAGGCCCGUCGACUUGGUGAGGGUAUCACCGAAGAAUCUGCAAAGCUGGCUUGUGCUCAUUUGAAGGAAGACCCGGGUGCCUUUCGCAAUUGUGUCUAUGAUGUGACAGCCACCAAUGACCUGGACAUGGCCACGAGUGGUGCUUUCUAG